AUGAGCGACGACUGGGAAUCCGUCACCAAGAUCGGCAGCAAGGUCCGUGGACCAGGCACUGCACAGCGUGAGACAACCGUCAAGGGCAAGAGCGCGCUCAACGCCGCCCAGCGAAGCGGAGCCAUCGUCGGCACGGAGAAGAAGUUCUCGACUGCCAAUGCCGCAGGAAACCCAGAAGGGCAACGCCUCACCAAAGUCGACCGCGCCGACGGGCCCGUCGCGACGAAAAAAGUCCCCGACGACGUCGCCAAAGCCCUCUCCGGCGCCCGCACCAAGCUCAAGAACCAAAAGGGCGCGACCAUGACGCAGAAAGACCUCGCCGUGAAGGCCAAUGUGGAUGUGGCGGCGGUCGCAGCGCUGGAGAGGACGGGGGCGGACUUCCCCAGCAUGGAUAUUGUGCUCAAGUUGCAGAAGGCGGCGAAUGUUAGGUUGACGGGGAGUAAUAUUGGGGAGCCUAUGUUGGGGCCGAAGAAGAAGUAG